AUGGAAGGUGAUCAUGAGACAAGGAAAAGAAAAGAAAAACCUCCCCAGCUCUUGAUACUCCACGGGAGCCUAAAAUCGAAGCAGACCUUAUACGACUUGGAGGAGAGAAGGUACAGCAAGACGAGCAUUCCUAUUAUGUGCAACAAGUCGGUGCUCCCCUCCGGAUUCGGGUGGCUGGCCAUUAUAGACAGUACCCACGACGACUGCUGCCUCUGGAAUCCGAAAUCCUCCGAGACUGUCCCUCUCCCCACGCUGCCCGACUAUUAUCUCUACAAUCAGUGUGUCCUCUCCGGGCCGCCCACCGAGCCCGGCUCCUACAUCAUCUUCAACUUCUCGGGCGGCGGCACCCAAUCCUUCUGCAGGAUAAGGGUCGACGACUCGUUUGUGACGCGUGUCGAGGAAGCAUUCGAUGGCAACGUAGCAGAAGAGGAAGACAAAGUCGAGUUUGUGAAGCGGUGCCUGGAAGCAGGAAUGUAUAGAGUGAAUGCAGUCGUGAGUUUUGAGGGGACGAUCUACGGGGUCGUGGAAACUGUACUAGGGCACACAGUGGUGACGGUCGGCCUUGAUAGUGAUGGGAAUCUCGAUGUGAGGCCGGUUUUGACGGAGGAGGGGGGAUUCUUGAGUGUCCCACAACCUUGGUCGGAUCGUGUGACGAGGGAACGGUACUGGCUGAUCGAGUCGCCAUGUGGCAAGGACCUCCUUCUGGUUUCUAAGAUGUUUAUGGGGCACCACUAUAACAACGGGUUUGAAUUCAUGGUUUUUCGAGUGGACCUAAACCGGAAGGAGUGCUUCCAAGUGGAGGACUUGGGGGACGUGGCCAUUUUCAUCGACGUCUAUGGAGGCGGGUUUUGUCGCUCAAUCAGUCCCUUGGAGAACGGUGUGAGGCCCAACUCCAUCUACUAUACGGAAAGAAUGGGCCGGUGUUUGUACGCCCACGACUUGAGCUACAGGAGCACCACCACUUUGUUAACGUGUGAUCAUGAGAGGAGGAAAAGAAAAGAAAAACCUCCCCAGCUCUUGAUACUCCACGGGAGCCUAAAAUCGAAGCAGACCUUAUACGACGUGGAGGAGAGAAGGUACCGCAAGACGAGCAUUCCUAUUAUGUGCAACAAGUCCGUGCUCCCCUCCGGAUUCGGGUGGCUGGCCAUUAUGGACAGUACCCACGACCACUGCUGCCUCUGGAAUCCAAAAUCCUCCGAGACUGUCUCGCUCCCCAUGCUGCCCAACUACUAUCUCUACGAUCAGUGUGUCCUCUCCGGGCCGCCCAUUGAGCCCGGCUCCUACAUCAUCUUCAAUUCCUCGAGCUACUCCACAGAAUCCUUCUGCAGGAUAGGGGUCGACGGCUCGUUUGCGACGCGUGUCGAGGAAGAACUCGACGACGACGUAGCAGAAGAGGAUGACGAAGACGAGUUUGUGAAGCGGUGCCUGGAAGCAGGAAUGUAUAGCGUGAAUGCAAUGGCGAGUUUUGAGGGGACGAUCUACGGGAUCGUGGAAACUGUAGGGCACACGCUGGUGACGUUCGGCCUUGAUAGCGAUGGGAAUCUCCAUGUGAGGCCGGUUUUGACGGAGGAGGGGGGAUUCUUGAGUGUCCCACACCAUUGGUCGGAUCGCGUGACGAGGAAACAUUACUGGCUGAUCGAGCCGCCACGUGGCAAGGAGGAGCUCCUUCUGGUUAUUAAGAUGUUUACGGGGCACCACGCGUACAACGGGUUUGAAUUCAAGGUUUUCCGAGUGGACCUGAGCCGGAAGGAGUGCUUGGAAGUGGAGGACUUGGGGGACGUGGCCAUCUUUAUUGAUGCCUAUGGACGCGGGUUUUGUCGCUCAAUCAAUCCCGGUGUGAGGCCCAACUCCAUCUACUAUACGGAAGGAAUGGGCCAGUGUUUGUAUGCCCACGACUUGAGCUAUGGGAGCACCACCACUUUGUUGACGUGUCCAGCGGCUGGCCGCUACGUGGCGACUUCCCUUUGGGUGGAAGAGAGCCUUUUCGAUCAAUGGUUUAUUAAGUAA